CUUGAAUCAAAAAAUCAAAACGAAGGCAAAACCUUACAAGUAGAGAGAUUGUCUCCGAGUUUGUAAUCAGUCUGCGAAGACAUUUGUUGAGUUUUCUUACUAGCUGCACUCACUUUUGUUCUUUCUAAUAUUUACUUCCUAGGAGCUAGUAGCAAAAUAUUGAUGUUUGACACAUCGACUUAAUUGAUUUAAUCGGAGGCGCAAAGAUGUGACUGAUUCUCAUUUGUUGUUUUGCGCUAUUGAUUAUGUCUAGAAGAUCAACCUAAAAGACCUACUAGAAUUUUAUUCUUCUUCGCAAGGCUUUUCAGACAUCGCAAGAGUAUAAAAGGCAGGAACUUGGAGGCUGUUUUUGCAUUGUGUGCUUCAUUCCGGCUCGGCAGCUGAGAUGGGUGUGGUACAAUGCGAGUCACAGUGUGCAUCUUGAAGUCUUGUCUAUGUUGUUCUAUAUAUUGAUAGACUAUUGGAUUAACGCAACAGUUUAGAAGAGUAAGGAACGAAAGUUGCAACUAUCCUUGAUAUUGGAUUUUUGCUUUAACCACUUUGAGAACUUUUUUCUCGUGUUCGUGAGCAGUUUGACCACUGCGCUCUCCCCUGUCACUUUCAGUCUUCGCUUCAGUUUUUUGUGGAGAUCACUCCGUCCUGCGUUCGUGUUUUUAUGGAAGACACUAAAGCGAAUCCUUUCCUUUUCCUAAAAUUAUAUUAUUGUCAUCUGCUGUCUCUGAUCAAUAAAAGGAUGAUUUGUUCCGACCUGAGACAGCCAGGAUCUUCAUCAUUUCUGACACGUUCUUGGCAUAUUCCAAGACAACCCGGAAUAGAUGUUUUUGUGCUAGUUGAUCUUUCGACCACCUAAUAAAAGGGGUCGUGUUGUGUUUGUUGAAACUGAUAGGCACUAUUUAUGUGGGUGCUGAGGUGUGUUCCAAUAGGUGGCUUUAUGUACGGCUGGCUUGGUUUGGUCAUAAUGAAAGACUAUUGGAUUAACGCAACAGUUUAGAAGAGUAAGGAACGAAAGUUGCAACUAUCCUUGAUAUUGGAUUUUUGCUUUAACCACUUUGAGAACUUUUUUCACCCAACCACCCUCCCCAUAAAAAGACAUGUGGUCUGAUUUCGUGGAUGCCGAAUUAGAAGCGGAAGCGGAUUCCCCUUUGGUGCCUCCGCCUCAGGAAUUCAAUGCACCAAGCCGACAUAAAUUAUCUUCUUCUUCCUCAGCUGCCUCUUCGGUACUAUAAUAAGUAGCAGUCUAGGCAAACACUCUAGACACAACGCAGCAGUUGACGCCAAAUUUCACUUAUAUUAUGAUGAAAAUUGAUAGAAUUCUUCACAACAAUGAUCCACCAAAUUUAGGAUUUUAAACCCAAAAAUAGCAAGAGAGGCAAACAUGUAACACGAAUAUGUCAAAGUAGAACACAAGAAUGACUUGCAAUUGCAUAAGUAUCUAAUUUGAUUUGUUACGACUUAAUAUCGUGGAAGGAAGUUCGUAAUAAUUCAUUUCGGGCACGAUUUUUUCGUGGAGAGAGACCGAUCCCUCGAUGAAAAGAGAUGAAACAAGCGAAAACUCAUACAUAAUAAAUUGACUAAAGACUCGUCGACUACUUGGUUUUCGUUGUCGAAAAGUCGUCAGUCCCAGUGCGUCCUAAUGCAGGUCGUGGGUAGAUAAGCUUGCUUCGUAAACUUCUUUACUACACGACCGACCCUCGGCUGCUGGGGCAUUUAAGCGUACCCAAGAAGAAUAUGUGCAUACAGUACCGCUUAAUUAGUCCGAUGGAAAAUCUUUCAUCUGAUCCGAAUCUCUUGAUCCUAUACCUAAUCGUUUCUAUUUUAUCAUCUAUCUUCUUCACUGGUCAUAGGAGAGGGUCCCUCGUCGGUCUGCAUGUAAAAGGGGAAAUGCUAUGGUGGGUGCUGCUACAUCUCCACCUACGAUCUGCUUCUACUCAUUGUGCGACGAUCUAUUCUAGGUAACUACUUCUAAUGUCGUCCGAUCAGGUUGCUGUGAGUGGAUUAUUUGUUUUUAAGAUCAACGACUCUGUUAUUUCAGAUGAUCUGAAUUUGAUAUAAUAAUAUCGCCCGCCGCCUACUUUCUCAGAGACUAGACUGAUGUCCUUUCUACACUCUUACUCCACCGAAAUACUGACCUUAGAAAGUCCUAGGCUCAUCUUAUAAUAAUGAUGAGUUGAUAAUUGAUGCUUAGGCUUACUUACAUCAAAUAAAUGGUGAUUGAUUUUUUUUUCUCGAUGGAAAGAAAGCACAUGAAGGACGCUCAAUAUGCAGUCGAAUGUGGCAUGUUGUUAGUUGUAUUUGUACUUGAAUUUCGAACUUGAUAGGUAACGGUUGAUCCUGAUUUUUUUAUCUCAUAUGCACGCAGAACGAAAAACUAUCAGAUUUCAAUUUGUGCUUGAAAGAUAGUUGCGUGGAAAACAUUACUAGCCUGAUGUCCGGUAAUGAACAAGCCGCUAUAUUACAGAGAUGAAGGGACGCGUCAGGAUUAUUGGGAUACAGGAAAUGAGUAUCUUUGGAAUCUUAUUUGAACUAAAAUGCUCCUGAGUGGUCUGAGACAGUACGACAUGGCCACCCGUCAAGACCUGGACGCGCAAUACCGAUACGGAUGCUUUUUUAUCCACUAUUAACUUGUUCAUCUAGUUGCUGAAGACAGCCGUCUACGUCUUUUUUCAUCAAUCUGCGUGUUCGUUCCUUGGUGAAGUCAAGUGCGGAUGUUCACCUGUUAUGUUUCAGCCUGAGUAAUUGUUGAAUUGCUUCGAGUGAAGGGAGAUUUCGAGACAUUGUAUCAAGUGUAAGGCAAGUUCCACCUUUGUUGCAAUAAUCGAGUGAUUUGAACACGUAGAAGUCGAGAAAAACUCUCGACGUUUCUGGGAGCAUAUUCAAUGUUAUGUCUAGCCUUUUUUCCUGUCUAGAGAGGCACAAACUUCAAACCUUCAAUGAAAGCACAGCUUGAUCAAAUCUAUUGAGGAACCCGGACCCGCGACCCCUUUUUUCUCUAUCCCAAUCUAAUAAACUACCCUUCUUUUCUUUUAGAGCAAUAUUCAUCUUCAUCUCCCCCUCAACAUGCCAUGAUGAUCAUUUUCUUGGAGGAGCAACUUAUAACUCAUUCUUGUCCCACAUUGGCGAUAAAUCAUAGCACGAUACGUAAUACAGGAUGAUAUUCCCACCUAGCAAAAGGAAUACCGGCAAAAGCAUGUUGUCCUUUGUUUUCUUUGCGUUCUUCACCUUUGCACUUUGGUUUUGUUAUGGCUUUGUCUUCGGUUUGCAUUGGUUCUUUCUCACCUGCAUGGCCUCGAGUGCAACCGCGCAGACACUCCGAAUGAAGCUAGCCGUGCCGCGUGGAGUAGCUUAUAUUUUCUUGUCUCUGGUCGUAGCAAUCGGUGGCGGAUACUCCCGCGGGCAUAGCCGGGACUGCGAAGACAAACGCGUUACAAUGGGCCGAGAUUGUUUGUGGACACACCAGACGGUAGGAUAUCAGUUCUUCUACGUAACACAUUUCCUAGCUUUGUCUCUGAAUUACUGGCGUUGGUGUUUUGACGGCCCGGACUUGAUCGAAAUGGUGCGGCGUGGAGGCCGACAGUCGGGCUCCAAGGACGUAAGCGUAGCAGAACCAAGAAAGAUCCAGCAGUCGGAAAAUAAUGAGAACGAGGUUGAGGAGUAUUCUCAGAAGCACGCAGACAAACUGCGAGUCAACAAGGAGAUAAUGAUCCAUCCGAAACUGGAUGAAAAGAGCAGUCCAAAGCCUUCGUCGUCUGAAAAUAGCAAUAAGCAACAGCGAGAAAUCGAAGAUUCUACUCCUGUUUCAGAGCGUCCUCCUCCUUUUGAGAAUGGUGGUAAAAAUGGAGAGUAUGUCUGGACCUUGCUCUGCGGCACAAGUGUUUACGACUCACAGCUGCGUGGUGUGUUUCUCGUUUCCUGGAUCUUGCAUUCCCUGAUCUGGACCGCCUUGUGGGACUGGGAGGUGGGCGAAGGCCUAUCGCGAGCUAGUGAGGAAGACUACAGCGAAUUCACGACGACUUUGCUACUGACGCCGAUAGGAACUGUGGUAUUUCUAUACUUCGCCCAAAGAACAAUGAUCCAUAAAAACAAUUCACAAGAGCGAAUUGGAAGAGCUGCACCAAGGAAAGAGAACGUCCAUGUGGUUCUUGGGCAGCACAUUCAAGACCACACGAGCAGGGAUGCGCAAAAAAACGGAAGCGAUUUUCACAAAGCAGAGGAUGUGCCGCAUCCUGAUGUACAAGAACGAGCACAAAUGCACGGCACUCGUGUCGCGGUUGAUACAUAAAACUUCGCCGCUUCGCGUGCACCUGUAACAGAAAAUGAGAAAGUUAAAGUUGUUUGAUAAUCUCAAGCAUUCUUUCAGUCCACGACUAACAAGGCGCACUUAGCAUUUUGAAUAGAUUGACGCGCUCUGAUCGAGCAAAUCCUCGUCGUCUUAGUUUUAUUUAGGGAGCACUCGUACUCGUGCAGAUGCAGAAGAGCAUCCAGUAUUUGCAUUGUUUGAAGCUGCGCUGCUCAGCUUAGCGAAUCUUGCCACUUGCUGGUGGAAUCUAUCCAUGAAUGAAAAUGAAAAUGCACAGAUCUGAUUGCGCGGCAGCGAUGAAGAGAUGAUGAGAAACCAACUCAAUGCCUCUUGCAUGAAAACGAAUGUCUUGCUAAUAAAAAUGACAAACGCGAACCGUGUUGUGGUAACAGAAAGA